AUGUCGCCAGGGGGUUCGACAAAAGGACCCAGGUUCAUGUGUCUCGAGCAAGCGCAGCGUAUUCAGAAGGUUGAGUAUCGACCGCUUCCCAAGUAUACUGGUCCCCAGUAUCCGACCAUCAUGGGGGUGAUGCCCAAUCGACCAAAGCCGAAGCCGAAGCCGAUCGAGGUGAAGAAGCGUGAGAAUAAGCGGACGAGGGCUUUGAAGACGCUGAGGAAUCCUGAUCGGAUGUUCUUAAAGUGGAAGGGUACGAACAGUUAUGCGCGGAUGAGGAUGUUUAGAAGGUUGAAUGGAUGUUUGAAGGCUCUUCAAUCGAAUGGAGCCAACCCGACGGGCACGAUGCUUGCGGAUAUACCAGAGCAAACGCCGUUGGAGAUUGAAUACAAACCGAUGUAUCGCUUGAAAGAGAUCAGGAGGGCGUCGAUGCUACUUGCUCGUCCUAAACCUAAGAGACCAGUGUCAGAAUUGUCAAUCGCAAGUAAGGUCGACAGUGUCUUAUCGACAAACCGACAACGCUACUCCGACGACUCGAUAUACAGUCGACCCAUGAGUACAGCUCAGCCCUCUCCUGCAUUUUUCACAGAAAACAACUCUGAUAAAAGCUCAGAGAAUGUUUCUUUGCGUGCUUCUUUGGUGCCAUACAGAGAAUGGUGGGCUUUCUUGCAGUCAGCUCCCAACCCUUUCAGAGAGGAAGAGCCAAACGAUGAAUGCACUGGUUGUGACGGCCCAGCAACCUGCAUUCACCAACAUGCUCACAACUCCCACAGAGGCUCCUCUUUAUUUUCUUCCGCCCACAGAAAUUCUCUUCAUUCUUCUCGCGUCUUCGAGAUCACAGAAGACAACAACGACGCGACUCCGCCUUCGUCAACGCCUUCGCCAACGCGCACAAAUAUUGCAAUUACCCCGUCUCGCUACACGUUCGCGCAGGAUAUGGCUGAGAAGUCGAAGUCGUCUUCGCAAAAUCCUUUGCCAGAUUCUACGCGCUCCAAGGGUCUUGGGGUGGAGAAGGCUGAAAGCAUUUCAGAAUCAAAGAACAAAGAAACAGACAUUCACCACAGCGACAAACGUGACUCGCGAGCUCAGCAAGAACAGAGAUUGACAAUGGAUGCCUCAAGAAUGAAAAAACCUCAGUCACUGUCGAGCCCUAAGGGCAUUAGCACGGCCAAUGACAAAAAUACACCUGAUAACACAAAGGUUCAAAUCGCACGCAAAUCCACCGGUGGAACUGGUCCUCGUGGGCCCCGAACUCCUGCCCCAAAGACGUACCCUGGCCUGGCCAAAGGAACACGCCCCACGCCCAGCGCCAUUCCAGUUUCCGUCCGCAGGCUGAGCACCGAGGCUGCUGAUAUCAUACAGCGCUCUCCAAACGAGGGUUUUGCUGGUGGUAUUCGUGUUCUAGAUAGACCUUCUGGUCUGCGUUCCCACCCCACUGGAGAGCCAACCAACCCGUCCGUUCCAGAGCCGAUUCCAGAGACCAGGAAGGUGUCAGAUAACUCAAUUUCUUCGUCUUCCAUUGGUGAUUGGGGUAUAGAAGAUGGCGAGGAGGAACUGCAGAAGCCGCCCACUGUCUUCACUGGUGAAUACCGUGCUCGUCCAUCUGAGAGAAUGGGGCAGUAUCGUUACGGACCUACGUUGAAGAUUGCUGGAUCAGCGGACAACGUCAUUAUGGGAACAAUCAACGAUGGCUCCAAGCCGUCUCUCGCUACUCGGCAGUUAUCAAUGAUGCGUGUGAAGUACAUUGAAACAUCUAAGUCAGGCUCGUCCCAAGAGAACGACGAAAAGCCCAAGAGUCAGGUUGACCAGGUCGAAGACCAACACAACCCUGACCAGUCACCGGCCAGGAACUUCUGUCGCCCGCAGAUGUCUCUCGAGAACCUACCAAAGAGGGACAUCAGCAAUCGCGAGCUGUCGGUGGCGCGCAAACCUCUGAACCAGUCUGGUCUCUCCAACCUUUUCGUCGCAAGCGCUGAUAAAUUACACGCUGAGAGUACUCCGCCUGUUCCAAAGGUAUUUGUUUCUGGAGAUAGCGUGCACACGUCUUCGCCUUUUUCUGAGAAGAAGAACGCAAACGCGACGCCGACACACACUCCUCAUCAACGUAGUGCUUCCCAUGUAUCGACUCCCGCUACGACUCCUGAACAAAUGCUCAAGAAUAUGCCUUUGCGAUCUCAUCCGCCGCCGCGUACCUCGUCGCUGCAGGCCGUAGCAGAUUUCCCUAUGCACUCAGAGUCGGACACUAACCCGAAAACUCCCGGCGAGGUGUCGGACAAGGAGAAUAUUACUCCGCAAUUGAAGCAAGACGCCACCGUCGUGAACAUUUCUGAGGUCAAGGUUCCUCAAGACCAGACGCGCUCAGUUGAAACGCCCCGUAUCCCCGAUUCUAAGGGCACUAGGAUGCUUGAUAGCUUCCGCAACAUCUUCAAGCACAAGAGUGGCUCGGAGAAGGGACGCAUCAAAAAGGAGGAGCCGGGCCAAGUCCCGCGUCUUACUAAAGACAACUCUAUUAUCAGCAUGAAAUCUGUCAAGAAUGUCGACGAAAAGGCCGAUUCGGUUAAAAUACCCAAAUUGUCCGACGGCAUUGGUUGGAACAAAGUUACCCGCAACCCUAAGAACUCGGGAGAAUACUCUCCUGCGCUCGUGCCAACCCCGAGUUCUACGAUCUCGACCUCCGCCUCCAUCCCUAGUCCAUUGAGCCGCAAUGCCUCUGACGGCCGCACUCCGUCUUUUGCGAGGCCGACGCAGUCCACUCGUACAAAAGCUAAUACACCGGGUGCCAAGCCCCAGGUGUCUGUUGGUCAGGACGGUCGUCCUCGCAGGGUCAUUCAGGGUGUGGCGGCUUCUACUGGCAGUCCGCAACGUCUUACCCGCACCGGUACUAAGCGUCCGAGCCUUUCAUCGACCGCUAACAGACCUGCCGCUAACCAGCCACGCUCGACCAUCUCGGUUCAUAACCAGGAGAACACCCCGCCCGGAGUUGCGAAGCAGCCUGAACCGGCGCUGAGAUCGUUCAAGGAAAUACGGUCUACCAUUGACGAACUGUGCAACAAGGCCCGUGAUGAGAGUACCCCUGCUGAGCGUGAGAAGCACCUUCGUUGGGCGCUGGCUCUUCAACAGCAGCUUAGUGACUACAAUAGCGUAGAGAAAGAAGCAGAAGAAGCCAUGAUUUUGAUGAACGCCAAAAAGGCCGACAAGGAUACUGCCGAAGAGACUCUUUUCGACUUUUUCGUGCAGAUUCGGGCCCAGAUUGACGAGCAGUAG